AAACGGUGCACCCAUUAAUUCUGCCUCUGUCUGUCUGAGUUUAAAAGACAGUUUCAGCUGCCAGAGUUUCACUCUGGUGGGAGCCAUCAUGGAGAGAACUGUGGUGCAAAUCACCCUCUUUGGGCUGCUGCUGGCUUUUGUUACCAUGCAACCAAACAAGGACGACUGGAACAUCUACAGCUUCCACAUCAACUCUACAGUGAACAGUCGUUAUGCCACCACUGUCAUCACAAGCCGCGUGGCCAAUCGUAUGGACGAGUCAAAGGAAAUAGAAUUUCAAGUCAGAAUUCCCAAAAACGCCUUCAUCAGCAAAUUCAGAAUGUUUAUAGAUGGCCAGGUGUAUGAUGGUGUUGUGAAAACUAAGGAGCAGGCCCAGCAGCAGUACUCUGAGGCUGUGUCCCGUGGCCAAAGUGCUGGGCUUGUGAGUUCUGUAGGAAGGACCCUUGAGGAAUUCAAGACCUCUGUGACUGUGGCUGCUCACAAAAAGGUGACCUUUGAACUCACUUAUGAGGAACUGCUGAAGCGCAGGCUUGGCAAGUAUGAGCUGCAAAUCCAUGCUCGACCCAUGCAGCCUGUCAAAGACUUCAAGGUUGAUGUGUCCAUUCAUGAGAAAGCCAGCAUAAGUUUCCUGGAGGUUAAAGGAGGACUAAGUACCAAUGCCCUGGCUAAUGCUAUCACCAAAACACAUACAGACAAACAGGCAUGGGUAUAUUUCUACCCAACAGAGGACCAACAAAAAACAUGUGACCGCUGUGGAGAGGAGGGUAUGAAUGGAGAUCUGGUUAUUGUUUAUGAUGUCAACAGGGACGCCUCAAUUGGGGACAUCCAGACGUCAGAUGGAUAUUUUGUUCAUCACUUUGCUCCAUCCAGUCUUUCCCGCAUACCAAAGAAUUUUGUCUUUCUUAUUGAUAAAAGUGGCUCCAUGCACGGCAAAAAAAUAGAACAGACCCGAACAGCAUUAACCCGCAUCUUGAAUGACCUGGCAGAAGAUGACUACUUUGGCCUUAUCACUUUUGAUGGCAACAUUUUUCACUGGAAACGAGAACUUGUUCAGGCCAGCAAGGAAAACGUGGAUAGCGCCAAGGAUUUUGCACGGAAUAUUCAAAAUGGAGGAUCUACUGACAUUAAUGGAGCAGUGCUGCAAGGAGCACAAAUGCUGAAUGUACAUCCCAGAGAGGGUUCAGCAUCUAUCCUCAUACUUCUCACUGAUGGAGAUCCAACCGCAGGGGUGACAAAUCUCAGACAAAUACUAUCAAAUGUAAGGCAGGCCAUUGCAGAAAAAUUCCCACUCUACUGUCUUGGUUUUGGUUUUGAUGUAAAUUUUGAGUUCCUCGAGAAGAUGUCACUACAGAACAAUGGUGCAGCACGACGGAUUUAUCAGGACUCUGAUGCUGAUUUGCAGCUGACGGGUUUCUAUGAAGAGGUGGCCACUCCUCUGCUGACAGAUGUGACAAUGAUCUACACUGGUGGGACCAAUCUAACCCAGACUAACUUCAGCCAGUAUUAUAAUGGCUCUGAGAUUGUGGUGGCUGGUCAGAUCCUUCACAACGACAUUGACACCUUCUCUCCACAAGUUGUGGCUAUUUCGAGUAAAAGAAGGCUGACGUUUUCUGAGACGAACACCACUGUGGAAUCCACUGGAACAGUUUCUGAAAGCCAUAUCCAGAGGGUUUGGGCCUACCUCACAGUCAAACAGCUCCUGGAUAAACAGCUGCAAUUAUCUGGAGCAGAGGAGGAGGACGUGAGGAAAGAAGCCUUGGCGCUGUCCUUCAAGUACAGCUUUGUGACCCCACUCACAUCCAUGGUGGUCACCAAGCCUCCAGGGGAGAAUACAGAGGUGCUUCAUAAACCGAAGGAAGGUCAACAACAAGGAAUACUACAACAAAGGCAGAGUCAACUGACAGGACGUCAUAAAACCUCUUCAAGUCAGAUUAAAGUGGAGCCCUUGCCAGGCCGAGCAGGAGUGGCUUCAAAUCGGAUAAGAAUGGCUUCCUUCCCAGUCCAAACAGCACAGCGGGCUCCAGGACUGGGUGGUGGUUUUUCAGGUCGCUAUGGUCAGAUUAAAGUGGAGCCCUUACCAGGCCGAGCAGGAGUGGCUUCAAUUCAAGAGAUGCCCGUUGCAUAUGAUGAUUAUCAAGAUUCUCCUAUCUUGAACUUGCAAAGAAGACCUGGUAUGAUUCCUUUUCUCCACAGGUUUUUGAUAAAAACCGAGAAUCAGUCUCUUCCACUAUGUUUUGAUAUCAAGGGAGAUGUCCGCCUUAAACUACUUCACCAUCCCAGUGGGGAGCUGAUUGUGAAUGGAAAGCUUCAAAAGGACAACGGAGGCUUCAAAAGGAUUGUAAUCCACCUUGACAUUUUCACGUCUAUUGAUGUUGACACCCAUAGAAUCACUGUGAAAGACUUAGGUGGAUUGAGGCAUCACACAGGAAUAGAUCUCAUCACAGUUGGAAGUGUGACAGUGAUCAGGCGGGACCAAGAAAUAGAUGUCACAGCUGGAGACACGCGCAUGGUCAUCUUACUUCAUGAGAGAAAUGGAAGAAAAUUUCUCUGGCCGGUUUUAAGAUUGAAGCCGUCAGACAGCAACGCUGAAGGAAUUUUAGCUCUAAAGCCAGCAAUUUAUGAGAAGGUGCAGCAAACUCCCUCAACAAAACUUAAGAUCAAAGACCAGGAGAUUGAUGUUACCAGAUCUGAUGCUGCUGACUACAGUAUCGUGGCAGCCCCGACACUGGGUUGCUGGCUCAUGUCUGCUGAGUCUGCCCUGCAGAGACCGCUGGAUGAUUUCAUUGUUGCAGAACUUUAACUGGGAAAAAUGUUGAUCUACUUGAAAAGAUCAGACAAAAACACAUUCUCUGAAAACUCAUUCACCUGUUACUAACCUAAACAAAUAAAUUGUUUCCCAGCUC